GCGUGAUGACGUGUUUAUCACGCGGCAGGAGUCUGUGUCAAAUUAAGCAAAGGACUAUUUUUCGCCUCGGUUUUGACUUUUUGCACUUUGGUCUAAAAAGUCUCACAAAAUCCAACACAUUUUAGACCAAAACGUCGCUUAGGAUAUCCGCCUCUAAUUUGCAUAUUGAACUUGUUUACGUCGAAGUGGCAGAUCUGACAGGAGAAGGUUGAUCUGACAAAGUACACCAUCAUUUCCUAUCAUUGCUCAGAUCUGUAGAUCACCUGAUGCAGGUAUGCUGCAGGCGGAUGGAUGAACGGUUGGACGGAUGCUGGACGCUCUCUAGUCUUGUGGGGGAUUCAUAGCUUGUCUCCGGUUACACUGCUGCACUUCUUUCCCUUGUCCUCCCCCUCCAUCGCAGUCGGACUCCUUGGCCUGUGAGCGGAUGAAUGCGAGCGCUCGGGAUUGUACCUUCGCCCAAAGGACUCCAUGUCUUUCUUGGACUGUUCCUGCAUCUCCCACACUCCAGUCCAGCCCUUGGACAUAGAGGAGCGCUAUGAGGACAUCAGCCACCAGUUCCUGAGCUGUGACGGUUCUGAAUACACUCUGCAAGGGCCGGCUGGUGGCGAUGACAUCACAGGGCUGUCAGCUGAUCCGUCCCACUACCUGCUGCUGUCUGAGCUGGGGAGGGGCUUCAAUAACCUGAGCCAGGUGAAUAUGGCACGUCAUGUUCCCACUGGACAGCUGCUGGCCAUCAAACAGACCAACCUGGAUGAGUGCACAGAGGAGGAGCUGCUGCAGCUCAUGAACGAGGUCUUGCUCUCCAGGUUUUUCCGUCAGCCCAAUCUGCUGACGUCCCGCCUGGUGUUCAGCUCCUGCUGCCAGCUGUGGGUUCUCACACCGCUCAUGUCCUAUGGCUCUGCAGAUGCUUUACUCAGAACAUAUUUCCCCGAUGGGAUGAGUGAAUCCCUGAUAGCGUACCUGCUGUACGGCGUGCUGAAGGCCUUGGAAUACCUGCACCGGAUGGGCUAUGUUCACCGGGGGGUGAAGGCCAGUCAUAUCCUGCUGUCGGGGCAGGGGCACGUCUACCUCUCUGGGCUCCACAGUGUUUUCAGUAUGAUGCGGGACGGGAAGCGAGUGAGGUCGGUGUUCGACAUGCCCCACCACACCCCCGCCCUGCUGCCCUGGCUCAGCCCUGAACUCCUGCGACAGGAUCUGCACGGUUACGGAGUGAAGUCGGACAUCUACAGUUUAGGUAUCGUGGCUUGUGAGCUGGUUAACGGCCGGGUGCCUUUCCUGGACAUGCCCCCCACCCAGAUGCUGCUCCAGAAGCUGCGCGGCUCCCACUGCUGCCUGCUGGACGUGGCUCCGUUCCCGCUCGGCGAGCUGGGGGGGCUGAAGGUGUCCCGAUCCGGAGUCGACUCCGGUAUCGGGGAGAGCGUCGCAACGGGAAGCAUGACCCACAGCGCCACCGCCCCCCCUACCGACCGACCCCAGAGCCCCGCACCCAAGAACCACUCGGCCACCCUGCACAACCUGGUGCAGCUGUGUCUGCAGCAGCAGCCGGAGCGCAGGCCGUCAGCAUCGUCCCUGUUGACCCACGCCUUCUUCAAACAGGUGAAGAGGCACACCAGAGAGACCUUCCUGAACCUCAUGUACCCAGCAGUGCCCCUCUCCAGCCCCGAGGACCCUCUAGUUUCCAACACCCCCGCCCCCUCCUGCCACGCUCCUUCCUCCCCUGACACCAUGGAGGCUGUUUGGGACUUCUCCUAACUCCAAAAAGUCUCCCUUUUAAUCUGAAAAUCCUGACUAGAAAAAGCCAAACGAAAGACAAUCAAAGCGAAAGCAAUGAGGCCAAAUUCUACUGUGCUUUGAUUUUUGUAUUAUGGUCCCGACUCGACGAGCCUUUUCUAAAGUAGUUUUGUAUUGUUUUUAAGAUACGUUUGUCUGAUGCAUAUAUGGUGACAAGACUGUGAAAGUGCUGGAUCAAAGACGCUGCUCUGAUCCUAUCAUAAGGAUCCAUAAUGGACUGGAAAAAACACUAAUUUGUUGACUUAUAAUCACGCACUUCCUCUGAGAUAAAAGGCGACUGGUAGAAAGUCCAUCCAGAAAUACUAAACGGUAUGUUGUUUUAUGGUGUUAUAUCCUGUUAGGUACUGAGAAAAUACCCCCCGUAGUGUGCGUGAGCAUCCCAAGUAGAUUCAGUAUGUAUUCUGACUGAAUAGUGAAUACAGAGGUACAAAAUAAGACAUUUACAACACAUGUGCAUAUAUAUACUGUAUGUCAUUUUUAAACAGCAAGAGAGAAACAUUAAGCCUUCAAUUUGCAUUAAUGUGCUUUCUUACAUCCAUGGGUACAUUCAAAAUAUGUAAACCAGCCGUACUCUUGAACAUAUAUGCACAUUGUUCAUUGUAUUUACAGUAAUUUCUUGGUACAAUCUUGCCUAUAAAACUUAGCAAUAGAAUAUAUGUGAUGUCCUAAAGUAGGAGGUAUCAUUGGAAGUCUUCCCAGCCCUUUGUUGUCGGUGAUUUGCCAAAAGAUUAUUUUUUAACGUGCUUACUUAUCCAACAAUGCCUUUAUGUUCUGAUGAAUAUUCUGAUCUAUUUGUAACUGUGAUUAAAUGUACUGUGUACGAGAACUGUGAUUUACAGUGCUUAUCCAACAUGGUAGCUGUAUGAGCCUUACAUAUACACGUAUAAUUAUAAAUUAUAUAUAAAUACGAAUAUGCAAACUUUGAUUUUCUCUGUUAUUUGUUUUCCAUCCAUUGCAGCUCUAUUUCCUCAGUAAAUGGUCCUAAAAAACCAA